AUGUCUUCUUUAGUCAACCCAGCGCUCAAGAUUCUUCCUAACGUGGAGCAGCUCUCUAGUCGAGUAUGGCGUAUCCUGGGGCUUAAUCCUGGCAAGUUCACGCUGCAAGGGACCAACACUUACCUCGUGGGCACUGGAAAUAAGCGGAUAUUGAUUGACACGGGAGAGGCCAACAAGCCCGACUAUGUUAGCUUGUUGGGGGAAACACUAUCUAAGCUGAAUACAAGCAUCACUAAGAUCAUCAUCACACACUGGCAUCACGACCAUCUGGGCGGGGCAGUGGGUGUGGCCUCUAUAUGUCCAGACGCAGUGUUCUACAAGCUUCCACUGCCAGAGUCAAGUGGUGGUGGUAGGUACCCCCUGAGGCCUAGUACAGAUCCAGACGCUGACCCUGCCAAUCAGGCGUUGUACUCUGACCUUAUGACGGAGACGAGUGAUGGGGAGGUGCUGCACACAGAGGGAGCUACUCUGAGAGUGUUAGCCACCCCGGGUCACACGACUGAUCACAUGUCACUAGUACUGGAGGAGGAGGGCUCCCUGUUCACUGGGGACUGUGUCCUAGGUCAGGGAAGCUCUGUGUUUGAGGACUUUGGUAGCUACAUGCAGUCACUGUAUCGACUGAGGGACCUCGUGCCCACCACCCUCUACCCUGGUCAUGGUCCAGUGGUGAUGGACGGACUGGGCAAGAUCAACCAGUACAUUGAACACAGGCUGGCCAGGGAGAAACAGGUUUUGGCUGAGCUCUCUAAGGAACCUGGUAAUGGCCUGACCUCUAUGGACGUUGUCAUGGAGAUGUACAAGGACGUUGACCAGAGCCUGUGGUUUGGUGCUGAGAGCAAUGUCAAGCUUCAUCUGUACAAGCUGCUCAACGAGGGGAUGGUUACAAAGAUAGAACUAGAAGACGGAACUGUAAAAUGGAGACUAAAGCUCAUCAAAUUAUGAUCAAACUGUUUUGUUGUUUGUGUCCGUUUGUUGUGGUAUGUACAUUGCUUAUGUAUGAGAUCACAAUAAACAUUUUUUAGAAGAAA